AUGUAUGCCAAUCCAGCCAACCCUGGAACCGGUAGUGUACGGUCAAACGGUAAGUUGUGUUUAAUUUUUUACUUUAAUAUCGCCUUUCUUUGGCUAAAAUUUAAAACAAUUUCAAAAUUUUGGUUUUUUGAAAAGUUGCCAAGCAAUGGCUCAUUACUUUUUGAACAACAUAAUAGAAACAUUAAAUUUAUGUUCCAGAGUACGAAAGACCUGUUAUAUAUCCGAGAGCACCCAUAAGAAAUUCUAUACAAAGCAAAAAUUCACAAAUUAUCGAAGAAAGUUCAAGAAAUGGAUUUAAUAGAGGUCUCAACGACUCUGCUACUAAUAUAGGCAGAGGAGCAGAAAUGAACAUUAGAGAUUCAAUACGGAGCAACAAGAAAUCACCUAAUGUUAGCGGAGAAAAGAUAAUUGAGGAUGACAAAACUAAAAACCGUGAUAUCGGUAUAGGUCAAGGAAGAGCAACAAAACCUAGAGAUUAAAAAGAAGCACCAAAGAACCAACAAAUAUUGGUGGAGGUACAGAAAUUGAAAAUGACAAAACUAACAACCGUGAUAUCGGUGUUGGUCAAAGAAUAGAAACAAAACCUAGAGAUACAAAAAGCCCCAAGGAAUCAAAAACCAUUGGUCAAGGAACGCAGGUUGAAACAAGAAAACCAGCUCAAAAUGUUAACGACUGACUGUACUAUAGGUCGAGGAGCAGGAAUGAACAUUAGAGAUUCAAAAAGAGGCACCAAAGAACCAACAAAUAUUGGUGGAGGUACAAAAAUUGAGUAUGACAAAGGUAUAGGUCAAGGAAUAACAACAAAACCUGGAGAUUCAAAAAGCCCCAAAGAAUCAAAAACUAUUGGUCAAGGAACGCAGGUUGAAUCAAGAAAGCCAGCUCAAAAUGUUAACGACUCUGACAGUCCUAUAGGUCGAGGAACCGGGAUGAACAUUGGAAAUUCAAAAAGAAGUACCAAAGAAUCCAAAACCAUUGGUCAAGGUAUAGACCUGAAAGAACCAAAACAGAGCAAAAAUAAAUCACAUAAUGUUAGCGGAGGAACAAAAAUUGAGCACGACAAAACUAGUAACCAUGAUAUCGACAUAGGUCAAGGAAUGAAAAUUAGAGAUUCAAAGAAUCAAAAUCUAUUGGUCAAGGCGCGCCACUUGGUGUUGAAGUACUAACUCCAAUAGUUAACAACCGUGAUAUUAGCAUAGGUCAUGGUAUAGGUCAAGGAAUAGCAACAAAACCUAAAGAUCCACAAAGAAACCCCAAAGAAUCAAUAAACGUUGGACAAGGAGCGCCGAUUAGGUUAGGAACCCCAGCUCCAACUGUUAUAGGCCAAGAUACUUUCAUAGGUCAAGGAGCAGCACUAGGCUCUUUAAACCAUCGCUUUUGA